AUGGAGCCGUUCAAGCUGGUGUCGCCGGCGUUCCACGACGGCCACCGGAUCCCCAGGAAGUACACCGGCGAAGGGCAGGGUGCUCUGAGGGACAUCUCCCCGCCGCUGGAGUGGUACGGUGUGCCCGGCGGCGCCGCCAGCCUGGCCCUCGUGGUGGAGGACGUUGACGCGCCGUCGCCGGAGAGGCCCAUCGUGCCGUGGACUCACUGGGUCGUCGUCAACAUCCCGCCGGCUGCGAAGGGCCUCCCCGAGGGCUUCUCCGGCAGAGCCGAGCACGGCGGAAGAGACCACGCCGGCAUCUUGGAGGGACUCAACGACUGGAAGCAGCCUGGUUGGCGGGGCCCCAAGGCACCGACUUCCGGCCACCGUUACCGCUUCCGCCUCUUCGCCCUUCCCGACCUCGUUCACCUCGGCCACAAGGUCAACCCUCACUUCAUCCUUCUUCCUUCCUCCUCUUACUUUUUUGGAGAUCUACUGGGUUGAGGAUGUGUCAACGCAGGUGACGAAGGACAAGCUGCUGGACGCCGUCGCAGGGCGCGCAGUGGCGGAGGCCGAACUGGUCGGCAUCUUCUGA